UCGUUCGAUGGUUUCGGUUGUGUCUAAUUUGUGGGAGUUCGGUACUCGUUAGCUGUCACGCGUCAUAGACCUCCCCACGGAGAGAUCUGUCACUUUUUUUCUCUGUCUGUGCUGCCAGCGCAGGAAAAAAGGGAGAAAAGCAACAAAAGAUAGGUUUUUUUUUCGGGAAAUACAGCCGAGGCGUAAUUUUGAACUUUCUAUUGCGUGUGACGAUACACUAUGUACGCUGCUGCAAUAUUAGCGAAAAUUCGCAAGUGAAUGGGUACGAGGCAAAAACGCAAGCUGCACGGGGUGUAAAAAUAACACUCGACUUAUUUUGGUUAAGCUUCGGUUUCAAGCCAGUGAUCGGAAACAACUCACGACAUUUUUCGUCUUCGGUGGAACGCAAUGAUAAGAGGCUGGACAGCAGCAGCAGUCGUAGUGCGAGAUAAACUUGGGCGUUUCAAGUGAAUGAUGAUAAGAUGCACGAGCCGAGGCGUAGCGGCCGGAUUUUAUCUGCCUGCAUUAUCGUAGCCGUGUGUGCUAAAUUGCUUCCACUCGACCAAGCGAUAUCUAAUUGAGAUUUCCCCCUCAUCCGGGUUUGGGGAUUCACUGAUUAGCGUGGAAUUGUGGUACGGGCCAGAUUCGGUAGGACAUUCUAGAGGGCGAUGACUAACGACGAUUGGUGAAACCCAGUUGGUGGGGUGGUGUUCGCUUAAUAAGGAAUAAUUAAAAAUAAUAGACCGUCGUUAUUACAAGUUGGGUGACAAAAGUUGCUUUCCUUAGACAUUGUUAAGCCCUAAUGGUGUUACAUUAUUUUGUCUCAUGCUGUGCACGGAGCGAAAAACUACUGGGCCACACUUUCGAGCGAUAGUUUAUCACUCACAGUCACAUCACGGUAGCCAUAGCGUGCGCUGCGGCUACGAGGGCCAAGUGUAAACAACUGUGCUGUCAAAAGUUGUUCUCCUAGAGCUGUGAAAUUUGGGAGAGUCGGAGCGAAUUUAGUGCGAGAGCGGAAAAAAGAGAGUUGAUAGUUGUGGUUUUGUAUGUGGUGGAGCUUGAAGUGACGUUUCCCCCGAGUUGAUACACAAAACGCAUUGUGGGUGAACAAAAGUUUUGUUUACCGAUUACUUCCAAAGUGAUAUUUUUGUCCAAAUUUUUCGGGAAGAAGUGGAAAGAAACAAACGGCUAGUGAUUUCCUGUCGCUGACAGAUAACAAAACUACGAACGAAGGACACAGUUAGUACUGGAAGACGGCUUCGACGGGCGUUUUAAUUUUUCGUACUGACUGCACUUUAUAAGGUACUUUCGGAUCGAAACACCUGACAUCAUUUGAAAACUUCUGAAGAUCGUUGUAACUCUAUCCUAUACGCUUCACCGGGAAAACACGCAGAGUAUCAUCAACGGCCACAUAUUAGCAUAGCGUAUAGAAAACGGGAUGCACCGGAGCGGUACCCUGAUAGUGUGCACCCGCUAACGGCGACAGCGAUUUGCGGCCGAUUGAGGAAUUGACUGCGCUACAGUGGCUUACCGGUUAUGCGCUGUUAGCGGUAGAUGCUGCCAACAACUCCGGCAAACGGACCGAAUCGAUGCGCCCUCGAAGGGCACUGCCAACGCAAGGCUAGGCGAAGCGAAACUUCGAUCGGUCGGUGGAGAUUUGUACGUCACUCCGGAGCGUGUUGAAGGUAACGGCCGAAGCUGCUCGUUCUCUCUAUGCUUGCCGGUAGCAGCAGCAGCAGCAGUACAUACGACCGAAGGCAGAAAGCAGUACCGGCGGACGAGAUUCAAAAUGCCGACGUGAAGGAACUUGACUGCGCAGCGACGAAACUGAUUGGACCACUUUACACAAUCGACAAAAAAGCCAAUAAUCACAUACACACAUCUCUCGGCCUCUGCCCUUACAGACGAAACGAGAACUGAUCGCUGCAAGGGAUUUUUCGCUGACCACUACACGGCGGUAGUUUUCGGAGAAUUCGCUACUGCCAACAUUGACACGCACAAACACACGGCACUUGUGUAGAAUAAAUAAGCGCUUUUUUUGAUGAAACAGCUAAAGGACCAGAAAUUCAAGUUCAUCAGAAUGCUGACCCGGAGAAAUUGGCUGCUGCGGUGCAGCAUCCUGAUCAACGUGGCCGUGCUGCUGUACCUCUGUAGCCAUGUGCUGAUCGGCGGCGGGAACUUCGCCCUCGGCCCGGCCUAUAUCAUAUCGGAUGAGUCGAUGCUGAAAUCGCCCCAGACCGCUCAGUAUCGGACGCACAUUCCAGCUCACGUGGCCCAGCAGCAGGAACGGGAAGCGCUGAUGCAGACGGGUCGCAGCAGCGUGGUGGUGAAAAUUCAGGAGGACGGGAUCAGCGUUCAAGAGGUUCCCCAGCAGCAGCCACAGCAGCAGCUGCUGCAGCCACAGAACCAGCAGGAUCAGCUACUGCUGCUGGACCCUGCACGCGAUGUAGAUAACACUAAUAAUAACGUAAACUUAGAUGAUAGACGAUUCGAUGUGCCAACGGAAACCAGCAACGGCAAUAACAACAAUGGCCCCAGCGGGUCGAACAAAGUUGUCGACGCUCUUUAUCAGGACGCGGCAGCAGGGAAUGGCGCCGGAGCUGGUCUCCUCAAUGCUAGUGAUAUCUUCUCGACUACGGCGUCGAUCGAUCUCGACGCGAAGCUGAGGUCGUUGCUGAACUGUCACGAUCGUGACUACGAACCGUACAUCGGCCAGCGGGGUGACUUCUGGGUGCUGAAGAACUACAUCCGUGCCGAGCACGGCGAGCUGCGUUGCCAUGAAACAAUCACCUACACCACACAUGCCGACUACACGUUUCUCGACAAUCUGAUACCACUGCUCGAGAGGUGGAAUGCUCCGGUCAGUUUAGCGAUGCACGCGCCCGGCACCGACUUUGCGCCGACGAUAAGUGCGAUCAAAUAUCUGCGAGACUGCCUGCCGGAGAGUCAUUUAGUCCGUCAGUUUGUCACGUUUCAUAUUUAUUUUAGUAGUAAACAUAUUCCAAAAAAUGUUCCUAAGUACGCGAAAGUGUUAGAGCAGUCCAGCAAUUGUACGCAGCCGGCGCCGUACUUCAACGUGUCGAGCUCGCAGCUAUACAAGACGCAGAAGAAGCUGCUGUAUCCGGUCAAUGUGGGGCGAAACAUUGCCCGGGAUGCGGCGAUGACCUACUUCCUGCUAGCUAGUGAUAUCGAAUUGUACCCGAAUCCGGGUCUAGUGCAUAAGUUCUUAGAAAUGAUAGUUAGGAACGAGCCGGUACUGCAGCGCAAGAACCCAAGAGUUUUCCCACUGUCGAUAUUCGAGGUUGACAGCAGCUCGCCGGUUCCGCGGGAUAAAACUGAGCUGCAGGAACUGCUGCGAAGCGGUAAAGCGAUAUCAUUCCACAAACGGGUAUGCUCCAGUUGUCACGGGGUUCCCAAGUCGAAGGAGUGGAUCGCUGCUAAUGAAACUGACGACCUGGGCGUCUUUCACAUAGGCAAACGGGUUGGCUAUUUCGUCCACUGGGAGCCGAUCUACAUCGGUACCCAUGCCGAUCCCCACUACGACGAACGGUUGAGUUGGGAGGGUAAAAGUGAUAAAAUGACGCAGGGUUACGCCCUCUGCGUGCUGGACUACGAUUUCCACAUCCUGGACAACGCGUUCCUGGUACACAAGCCGGGCAUCAAGGUGCUGAAGAAGGACCCGAAGCGUGCCAUGCUGGCCGCCAAGACGAACCAGCUGAUCAAGAAGAUCAUCUAUCCGGAGCUGCAGGUCAUGUACGGCACCCGGAAAGGCUGUGCUGUAUAGUUGAAGGGGAAACCGACCCAAUAGUAUAAGGACCGUAGCCGUAAGCGAACUGGUGGCGGCACAGGUGUCACGAGCGACCGCAGCAGCAGCAGCAGCACUAGCAACAGUAGCAGCCGGGAGCUCGCUUUUAGUAAUUUCGGUGGUGGGGUUGGUUUCAAACCGGACGGGAUGUCCGGACCUUCUUCGUCUUUGCUUUCCUCGUCGUCGUCAUCGUCGUCCUCCUUGCUGGUGGCCACAGCCGGAUCGGGUUUCCUGGUGAAUUUUCGCGAGCGGCCGCACGUUAGCAGCCGCCGAAAGAAGGGCAAACGGAAGGGAUACGUCAGGCGACGGUAAGCGAAGGAACUUUGCUAUUCUUGUGUUUGUUUUUCCUUUAUUUUACUACACGUGUAAGGAAUGAAUGGAACACAGUUGUGCUGCAUCGAAUGCAAUUAGGAGUCGUUUUUAAAGAAAACAAUCAGGAACGAGCGAAUAAUGAAUAAUGCGAGUCUUUAGAAAUGUAAGCUGAAAAGUGAUAUACCGUAUUGUCGUAACAUGCUUCUAGUGAUAGGUGGAAGUUAGGAAAGUUAAGCUUGAAUGCUUUUCUCUGUCGUUUAGCAAUUCGUGGACAAAAUUUGUAUUGGCACAGAUAUAGUUUCCUUGUUCAAGAAAGAGUUGGAUAUUUUCGAACAACUUUUACACUGAGAUUGAGAAAUAUGUUAGAAAUUACACUGAAUCAAACGCAACAGGAUAACAUGAGCAUGAACACACACAGCACACACCCGCACCCCUAAAUGGAGUAAAGAACGGAAGGGAAAAAAAAAUUUAAAUUAGUGUUACCGUUUGGUGAUUCGUGUUUGAUGUUUCGCUGUUCUGAGGAUUGUGCAGCAUUUCCAGCUGCACAUUUCAGUUUCAAUAAAUGGAAAAUCCAAUCACCAGUAGCCAAAUUAUACUCUGAAACUGCCUUCCUUUCUAAUCGUCAUCGGUCGUUGACUGGCUAGUUUCAAGAUAGACAAGUACUUUGUUUGCAUAAUUGUCAAAGUCAAAGUUGAUGUUGUAUACAACUAGAGAUGCACGCUUCAUUCAGGCAAUUCAAUAAGCCUUCGAGAGUCAACAAUAAAUAUUAUGAUUUCACUUCUCGUAUUGGAUACACACACUCAGAAGCGUGUACAAGAAAUUGAUCGUUUUCCAAAAAACUUUCCCUUUUUCUGAGAGAUGAGUGCCUUAUUGUAUUGGAAAAUUAAAAGUAAAAAAAAAAACAUUAAAAAAUAGAAGUACACACAUUUUGUAAUAGAGAACUUUGACGUAAGAACAAGAAAAAUAAAACUCGAAGAGAAACGUUCUAUUCACCCUAGUUUUAAGCAAGAUCAUAAACUCAUGAUGUAUCCACUGAAUCUCUUCCUCUCUCUAAAGAGAGAGGAGGAGAAAACCCUACUCGCAAGACAUGAAUAAUUGAACAAAGAUAACCGCAUUAUUCGUUUAGCCAAAACUGUCAUUUUAUUUGUAAAUAGUGAGCAACAGCAAACACGGCGCGAUCCUCAAACUUUAAGAUUGGUUUGAAGCUUAGGUAUUAUUUGAGAUGGAACUCGACCAAGUAGAAGAAGUGCUCAUUUUAAACCGUAUUACUGUAUCAUAUUAGACGCUAUUAAAUUAGGUUAUUGCAAUCUGACUUCGUUUUCAAGAAAUUCACGAAAAAAGGUAGUUCUUGUUUGUGUUAGUGUUCAACUAUGAGUCAGGUAAAGCAAUUCACUAGUUGUAGGAAACGCGAUAUUUUAGUUGAGAGGUAAUUUUCGUUGUUUGAGGUAGAAUUUUACAGUACUGGCAACACUGUAUAGUUACUACUGUAGAUCUAAAGGUGAUGUGUCGCCAAAAGCCGUCGUGGCGAGCGUCCAAGUAUCGAUAGAGGGACUCUAGUAAGUACAGAAUAUUUCAUAUCCAGCAAAAUUAUCCGAUAAGUUUAGCUACCGGAAAGCAACUACCCUAUGUAAGACUUAUUUAUUACUCUAUCCAGAAGAGGAUUUCCAACAGAUCGUGUCCGGUUUAGUUUUCCUUUCUACGAAAACAAAAUCAUACGAGCGAGAUCUACUAUCAUUAGACAUCACACACAAAAAAAUAAAAGAAUCUUCGCCACUCAUUAAGCUCUAACUAGUAUGGUUUACUAUAAAAUAAAGAGAAUAUCUGUGAAAAUAGUGAGAACAAAACACUAAAAAACACUAAUCUUAAGAAAGCCGAACAAACAAACAACACAAACGCCCAACUCUUUUUUAGUGAGCGACUACCAAGAGCAACCCUGGAAAAAUGAAUGUAUUUAAUUUCAAAAUAGAGAGAGAGAGAGAAAACAAAA